AUUAACCCGGCCCAUGUAGGCUUGGAUCAUGGACUUCAACGUUAAAAAACUGGCGUCCGACGCUGGCGUCUUCUUCACGCGCGCCGUUCAGUUCACGGAGGAGAAGCUGGGUCAGGCGGAGAAAACUGAAUUGGACACUCAUCUGGAAAACCUGAUUGCUAGAGGAGACUGCACCAAGAACUGGACAGAGAAAAUCUUCAGGCAGACUGAGGUGCUGCUGCAGCCAAACCCUAGUGCCCGCAUUGAGGAGUUCUUCUAUGAGAAACUGGACAGAAAAAUCCCAACAAGAACCACCAAUGGUGAGCUGCUGGGACAGUACAUGCAGGAUGCUGCCAAGGACUUUGGACCUGGAACUGCGUAUGGAAGUACUUUGUACACUGUAGGAGACUAUCAGAAGAGGCUAGGAGGUGCUGAGAGAGAGUUCUUACAAGUAUCGGCUGUCAGCUUCCUCACUCCUCUCCGGAAUUUUCUAGAGGGUGACUGGAGAACCAUAUCGAAAGAAAGAAGGCUAUUAGAGAACCGCCGCCUUGACUUGGAUGUCUGCAAAGCACGCCUGAAGAAAGCCAAGCUAGCGGAAGCCAAGGCUGCUGCUGUACCUGAUUUUCAGGAGACUAGGCCCCGCAAUUAUGUUCUGUCUGCCAGUGCAUCUGCGCUGUGGAGUGAAGAGGUAGACAAAGCAGAGCAGGAGUUGCGUGUGGCUCAGACGGAGUUUGAUAGACAAGCUGAAGUGACCCGUCUUCUCCUAGAAGGCGUCAGCAGUACACAUGUAAAUCAUUUGCGUUGCCUGCAUGAAUUUGUGGAGGCCCAGGCAGCUUACUAUGCCCAGUGUCACAAGCACAUGCAGGAUCUUCAGAAGGAGCUCAGUAGUGCAAAUGGAGAUACGUUUCCCAAUGCCUUUGUUGCGAAUCCCUCCGUGUCAGCAAUUUCCACUUCCUCUACGCUUUCAAGUGCUGCUGUGCCCGGGGUCUCUCCUCCAGCUGCCUCGUCCAGCUCUCUGGACACACUGAAAAUUGAGGACGUGAACCCUCCAGCCACUGGCACACGCAAGGCCAAAGUGCUGUAUGACUACGAUGCUGCAGACACAAGUGAACUCUCGCUGUUAGCUGAUGAGCUCAUUACGGUCUACACAGUCCCAGGCAUGGAUCCAGACUGGCUCAUCGGCGAGCGGGGAAAUCAGAAAGGCAAGGUGCCAGUCACAUACCUGGAGCUGCUAAGCUAAAUGCUCAAACACAAACACACAUGCACAGACAGGUAGCUGCACAUGAGAACAUGCAAAGGUACCCUUACAGACACAGUUUCAAUGUAUUCCUGCUGUCGUCCAGUUUGUUGGGGCAAAAUUAGUGAGUGGGAAUGUAAUGGAAAAUUUGCAUGAGCAAAGCUAUUCAAACAGACCUGAACACUCUGGGACUUCAUGAAUAUUUUGUGUUAGCUAGGUUCAGCUCCUUCAUUCCUACCCCAUAAAUUUAAAAGGCUUAAGAAGUCAGCUUACUAUGAGGAGUUUCAUGAGGAUAUAUUUAAAGAUGUCAGCUUCCAAUAUACUGCAAAAAUAUAGAUAUAGAAUGUAAAUAUGUUGCAGAAACAUCCUACGUCUGGUUUGCUUCACAUGGCACCUGUGUCUUUAUGCGUCUCGGAUUCCCCUCAGAGAUAUUCUUGUGAUUAUUAUUGUAGGUUUUGUGUUUCAAAAACUAAAAAAAAAAUAUUUGAAUUGCAUAUUGAGGAUCAAAGAGUGCUAAAUACCAUCCGAGUUUGAAAACUAACUAGGAAACUAAGAUCUCUACAUGUAGAAAUGGAAAAGGUAAUAGGGGAAAAAUUUAAAUAUCAGAUUUUCAAAUUGCCUUUUCUUUCCUUUUAAGUGAAUUGACCAACUAUCAUGUUUUUCAUUACCUGUGUUUGCCACAGAGGUUUAGUUAAAGUUAUGUCAAAUCAGAAUAAGAGACAUAUGUUUGAGAGGAUAUAUUUGAAUGUGUUCUGUAGUAGUUACAUACACAUCACAUCAAUCAAUCAUAAAUAUUCAUUAAAUCAUUAAAACACUAGGGAUCGUGAUGUAAACUGAAAAUAAUCAACAACCAUGAAGCUGAUUAUUUUCCUCUAAUGGCUUGCCCAAAGUAUACCUCUUGUACCACUGCAAUUUGCCAACUAUUAAAAUUUUUCCUUAUUGAAGUAUGAUUCAUUAUACAGUAAGGUCCAUAAGUAUUUGGACAGUGACAAUUUGGACAUUUUUGCCUCUAUACACCACCACAAUUGAUUUGAAAUUAAGCAAUGAAGAUCUGAUUGAUGUGUAGAUUUUCAGGUUUAAUUAAAGGGGUUUAACAAAAAUAUUGCAUUAACCGUUUAGGAAUCCCCCAACCCCCCAACUUGUUACUAAGAAAACAAAGGUCAGCAUCCUUUACUUUACCACCUUUAUCUCUGUCAAUUACAAAGCACUGGCACUCACUGGAGACUCUUUCCAUAAAUGUUAAAUAAACAUCCUUACUGUUUUUGUUUUUUUAAAUGACACGUUUUUUAAUCUGUUUGUUUUUCGAUUAUGUAGAGAGUCUGGCAUAAAUGAAUGAAUUGUUGUGACCAAUCAGAUUAGAGAAUUCAGAAAUGCUAUCAUUUAAUAUUACUUCCACCACAAACCUCCCAACAAGAAAUAUGAAUGGUCAAUGUUUUGCUUUUUCUCCAUGAUUUUGUUUGAGUAUCUACUUACUCAUUUGUCGGAUGAGUCACUAAGGCAAAAUUAUAACUGAUGCAAAUGCCUUUUCAGUUUCAAUUACCAUGUACCAUAUUACCUUUUCCUUUCCUUCAUCCAUUUACAAUUUCCAAUUGCUUUAGGCAAACCAAUAACCUUGAAAUGUAGUUAUAUGGUCAGGUUUCAUAAUAAAUGUAAGAAAUCCUACUAAUGACAAAAUUUAGUGUAGACAUAAUCUGUUCUGAGAAAAACAGUCAAUUGUCUGACUUCUAAAAGACUAAGUUUUCCAAUUAGAUGUCUAAUUUAAACAUUCUGUUUAAAUAUUCUGCCUGUGUAGCCUUAAAAAAAAAAGCAUCUGGAUUAUGAAAAAUUCCCUUGUGUCCUAAAUGACAGUGUGUUUUGUUUUUUAAUCAAUUCUUCUUUCUAUUUACACCUCAUCCAGCUAGAAGAAGCUAUUUAAAGAACACUAACAAUAGCUUAUUCACAUAAUGUUGUAAUGAAAUUGGUAGUGUUUGUGUGUGUUUGUGUGUGUUUAUUUUAUUGCCUGAAACUAGAUUGUUUUACAGUGGCAGAAAAACUGGUUUAGACCUUGGCUAUCUAAGAAGUGUCUUCAUUUGAAUUCGGCGUGAUUGUAAUUUGGACAAGAUAUACAUUGUGUGUGGUUUGUGGGACUAAAAGUUUGUAAAUGUUUCUCAAAAUGGGUCCAAUUAUAUUAAAUGUGAUAUCUCAUUUAUGUUCUCCAGUUACUUCCCUGUGAACUCCAUUACUCUCCCAUUUUAGUCUUUCUUUCUCCAUUUGUGUAAUCGAUGCUUGUUUAAAAAUUAAGCAAUGCAUACUGAAUGACUGAAACUUGAACAUAAUAAAGAGAGGUUUAUUGAAAUACUUUCUGUUCAGAAUCUCUUUUUGAGCAACAGCAUUCUGAUGAUCAUAUUAGUCAUUGAGAGUGCCUC